GUGUAUAUAUAUAUAUCUCCUUUUCUCAACCUCAAAGUAUAGACAUAGAGAAGAGAUGGCUAAGGUUGCCAGCGUUCACAUUUUACCGUCCACUUUCCUCGUGUUCUCCCUCUUGUUCUCCUCCGGUUUCCUAGCUUCUGAGGCCGGGGAGGAGGAGACCCAUGACGUCUUCGGGAGGACCCUUGACCCGAAGCUGAUGGGCCUAAAGAAGGAGAAGCUUAGCCACUUCAGGUUCUACUGGCAUGAUAUUGUCAGCGGGAAGAACCCAUCGUCCAUCGAGGUGAUCCACUCGCCUGUCAAAAAUAGCUCGUUGCUGCUAGGUUUUGGUCUGACUCACAUAUAUGACAACCGCCUGACCAUGGGCCCAGACAUCAGCUCGAAGUUAGUGGGACGUGGGCAGGGGUUGUUCGCCCAGGCGGCCCAGGACGAGAUGGCCCUCCUCAUGGCACAGAACUUUGUCUUCUUGGAGGGCAAGUACAAUGGCAGCACCAUCACUGUGCUCGGUCGCAACCCCAUACUCGCUACCGUGAGGGAGCUGCCGAUAGUCGGCGGCAGCGGCGUGUUCCGCUUCGCCAGUGGAUACGUACAGGCCCGGACCUACAGCUUUGAUCUCAACACCCUCGACGCCACCGUGGAAUACAACGUUUAUGUGUUGCAUCAUUAAUGAUGUGUCAUUGGGACUCAUCUGUUUUCAAAAUUAAUAAUUUCCUCAUCUGUUUUCCAUUUUUUCUUUGGAUAUUGUAAGUGAAUAAUAAUAAACUUAUUGCACGGGCCUUUAGUUAAACUAUGUAUUGAGGAAAUCUUGAUAAUAUUUGAAUGUGGAUUGAAUAGUUAUAGGUAA